AUCUCGAAGCGCUUCGGUGAAGUUGGUCUCGAGGGCACAAGAUCGAUUAAAAUAUCCCUUAAAGGCUCCGCUGGCCAGUCAUUCUGUGCUUUCCUCACUAGAGGUGUAACUGUGGAACUUGAAGGCGAUGCCAACGACUACGUUGGCAAGUGUCUCUCCGGUGGUACAGUUAUCGUCUACCCACCGAAAUGUGCACGGUACAGAUCAGAAGAAAAUUCAAUCAUUGGCAACGUCGCGCUGUACGGUGCUACCUCGGGCGAAUGUUGGCUGCGUGGAGUAGCUGGAGAACGUUUUGCCGUCAGAAAUUCCGGUUCAGUCGCCGUGGUUGAAGCGGUGGGAGACCAUGCCUGCGAGUACAUGACCGGAGGUCGUGUAAUUAUACUCGGAGCAAUAGGAAGGAAUUUCGCUGCUGCAAUGAGCGGAGGAAUCGCUUUCCUCUUCAACCAAGGCGACCCAUUCACCCAGCGAAUCAACGUGGCAACUGUGGACCUGGAUGAAGCAACCGAAGAGGAUUUGGUCUUCGUUCGCGAGAAGAUAACGCGAUUUGUUGAGCUGACGGGCUCGGAACUUGGUCAGCGCAUUCUGGACAACUGGCAAAAGGAGCAUGCGAAGAUUAUCAAG